AUGUACAAUUUAAACGAUAAAAUUGUUUUUGUCACUGGUGGUGCGACUGGUAUUGGAGCUACGGUUGUUAAAUUAUUCCUCGAAGAAGGGGCUAAGCACGUCACCAUAACAGAUGUAAACGUGAACGCGGGAAAACAAUUGGAAAAAGAAUUGGAAACAAAAUUCAAAGGACGCGUUAAAUUUGUCAAAUGUGAUGUCAGGAAUGAUGAAGAACUAUUUGAUAUCUAUAAGACAAUCAUUCAUGACCAUGGGUUUAUAGAUGUUGUGAUAAAUAAUGCGGGUAUAAUGAAUGAUAGUCCUGAUGUAUAUAGGACAGCGCUCAAUGUCAAUAUUAAUGCCUUAAUAACAAAUACGUUAAAGGCUAGAGAACUCAUGCGCACGGACCGUUCAGGCAGAGGUGGGAUAAUUAUGAACAUAUCUUCCAUUGCGGCAUUAAUUCAGAAUCCAGUCCUACCCGUCUACUGUGCAACUAAAAGCGCAGUCCUGCAAUUUAGUAUUUGCAUCGGAGCUCAAGAAAACUAUGAGAAAACUGGUGUUAAGGUGAUGACCAUGUGCUUCGGUCCUACGGACACAAGUCUACUGAGUAAAGAGAAAAUGAAACCGUUUGACGAAGAAUUGACGGACGAACUAUAUGACUCCAUUAAUCUAUUUCCUCUUCAAAGUGCCAAUUCUGCAGCAACGGGUUUGAUAGAGGCUUGCAAGCGCGGUGACAGUGGGAGCGUUUGGCUAGUCAUUAACAAUAAACCCGUUGAAGACAUUACUCCAGUUGUGAAAAAAGCAUAUGGCUUGCUCACUAGUCUUGUUAUAUAG